CGCAGCCAGCCCCGCCCAGUUAGCGCCGCGCUGGGGCUGCAGCGGUGGAGCCGGCGGGAGCGCUUUUGCACCCCUGCUCCUCGGAGACGGCAUGAGGUCCCCGGUUCGGGACCCGUCCCCGAGUGAUGGCGAGGACGGCUCGGACAGCACGCCCCUGCUGCGGGGCGCGUCGCGGCCGAAAGCCGUUCCAGUGUGCUGCUCUGCUCGUUACAAUUUAGCAGUUUUGGCCUUUUUUGGCUUCUUGGUCCUGUAUGCAUUGCGGGUUAAUCUAAGUGUUGCACUAGUGGAUAUGAUAGAUUCCAACAUGACUUUGUCCGAUAAUCGAACUUCCAGAGAGUGCGCAGAACAUUCUCCUCCCAUAAAAGUUCUCCAUAAUCAAACGGGUAAAAGGUACCAGUGGGAUGCAGAAACUCAAGGAUGGAUUCUCGGUUCUUUUUUUUAUGGCUACAUCAUCACGCAGAUUCCUGGAGGAUACAUUGCCAGCAAAAUUGGGGGGAAACUGCUGCUAGGAUUUGGGGUCCUUUGCACCUCUGUCUUCACCCUCUUCACUCCCAUUGCUGCCGAUUUUGGAGUCGGAACUCUGAUAGCCCUCAGAGCCCUGGAAGGACUAGGAGAGGGUGUUACAUUUCCUGCCAUGCAUGCCAUUUGGUCUUCUUGGGCUCCUCCUCUUGAAAGAAGCAAGCUUCUCAGCAUUUCAUAUGCAGGAGCACAGCUUGGGACAGUAAUUUCUCUUCCUCUUUCUGGAAUAAUUUGUUACUAUCUGAAUUGGACUUAUGUAUUCUACUUUUUUGGUGUAAUUGGAAUUAUUUGGUUUAUCUUCUGGAUCUGCUUAACUAGCGAAACACCAGAAACUCAUAAGACAAUCUCCCAAUAUGAAAAAGAAUACAUUCUUUCAUCAUUAAGAAAUCAGCUUUCUUCACAGAAGUCAGUCCCAUGGAUACCCAUGCUAAAGUCACUGCCACUUUGGGCUAUUGUAGUGGCCCAUUUUUCUUCCAACUGGACUUUUUAUACUCUACUGACAUUGUUGCCUACUUACAUGAAUGAGAUAUUGAGGUUCAAUAUUCAGGAGAAUGGGGUCUUAUCUGCAGUGCCUUAUUUUGGCUGUUGGGUGUGCAUGAUCCUGUCUGGUCAACUUGCUGACAAUUUAAGGGCAAAAUGGAAUUUUUCCACAAUAUGUGUUCGAAGAACUUUUACACUUAUAGGAAUGAUUGGGCCUGCAGUGUUCCUCAUAGCUGCUGGAUAUAUUGGCUGCAAUUAUUCUCUGGCUGUAGCAUUCCUAAGUAUAUCAACAACUCUGGCAGGCUUUUGCUCUUCUGGAUUUAGCAUCAACCAUCUGGAUAUUGCUCCUUCGUAUGCUGGUAUCCUCCUGGGCAUCACAAACACAUUUGCCACAAUUCCAGGAAUGGUUGGACCCAUCAUUGCUAAAAGUCUGACUCCUGAAAACACUAUCAGAGAGUGGGAAACUGUUUUCUGCAUUGCUGCUGCUAUUAAUGUAUUUGGUGCCAUUUUCUUUGCACUGUUUGCCAAAGGCGAGGUACAAAGCUGGGCCCUCAGUGAUCACUAUGGACACCGAAACUGAAGGAACCAAGACACAGACCUGGCUCUGUUCGUGGAUUUCUGUUUCUCGUGUAACCUGAAAGUGCCUUUGCUAUUUUAAUGGAUAAUCGGUCUACAAACAUGAAAAAUGUACUUGUAUUACAUUAAGACUCAUAAUCAUGACAUGCUACUCGUUGCUGGACUGGUAAAAUUUAGGUAUAAUUAAUUGUUAAUGAAACAUAUAUGCUGGCGCUCUUACCUGAGGGCCCUCACCUCGCUACCACACAGGUACCCUGAAGCGUGGGGCGGGGGGGGGAGUUAAUUUGACUUUGAGGGGGCUGGAGAGAUAGCUCAGUGGGUAGGGUGUUUGCCUUGCAUGCAGCCGACCCAGGUUCGAUUCCCAGCAUCCCAUAUGAUCCCCUGAGCACUGCCAGGAGUGAUUCCUGAGUGCAGAGCCAGGAGUAACCCCUGUGCAUCGCCGGGUGUGAUCCAGAAAGCAAAAAAAUAAUAAUAAUAAUAAUUUGACUUGAAAAGUCCUACCAAGAGGAAUGAGCUGCAGUAGACCAUAUUCAUCUUUGCUUCAUUCGACGAUAGGUGGUGUCAGGUCUUGUUACGCUUCGUGUCUUUGUCCCCUUUCCUCAUACAAGCGUGAGGAUAAAUAGAUCAGCAAUUGCCGGAACUUCGGUCUCAAGCAUUCGCAUUUCUGUGAGUUGCCAGUCACUGCCUGAUUUGGACUGGCAGCUGCACCCAGGGAGAACGCAUGCCCAGGCCGCUGCCACGUGUCGCUCCCUGGUUUCAGGACACUGUGCCACAUUCAUCAGCUGCAGCUUCCAAGAGAAGGGUGAGCCCCGGGUCUCGGACAGUGUUCUUCCCAGCAGAGCUUACUGAUGUGCAGACAAAGCCCCAAGUGGUAGGAGCAUGGAGGGCCACCGCCCGGGGAUGGCGCAGCCCUUUCCAGCAUGCACCAGUAUUGAUAGGACCCUCACUGCCUAAGAAGCGCAGUGCCCUGCUAACCACAAAUACCCUCAUCCUUGAACAGCACCACAUCUGUGUCGUUCACAGCAUACAUGAAUAAUAUCUGUUUCAUAAGCAACACCAGGAUUUUUAAGAGAGGAAAAAAAAAAACUCCUGUUUUCUUCCAGUCACAGUUUAGGAUUCAAAUAAUUACGACUCUGCCACAGCACCUGGGACCAAAGAUGUCAUUGUCUUCCUGUGGGCUCCUGAAAUCAUCUAUUUUCCAGUUUUUCCUGGACUGUCUUCCAGUGGUUCGGGGGCAUCUUUUAGGGCAUUAUGUGAUUUAGAGCAGAGAUUCUUAAACUUUUUUAACUUGUCACUUUCCCCCCCGCCCCCCCCCCAAGUAAUGCCAGAAAUACCUGGGAUUCACAAUAUGGUUGAUUUUGAAUUAAUUUUUAGUCACUGGGCAUUCAGAAAUCCUUAACUGUGGCCAGAUUUUUCGUGACCACCCACUCCCCCAUUUCAAUUAUGUGACCUCCUUAUGGGAUUGUGACCUACAGAUUUAAAAACUAAAAUUUAGAGAACUAUGUUCCUGUUUUGUUUGUUCAAUACUACCUGUAUCAUUUCACUGAUUAAUGUAAUAUGAUGUGAAUACACUGAUGUAAAUUUAUUUUUAAAUGUUUCAAUAGCUUUAAGUUGCUCUGGUGGUAUCUUUUAUAAAUCAGUAAAAUAAAUCUUUGGAUGGAUUUUGUAUAUGA